AGACGCAAGUGCAAAAUCUAACAGAAAUAUUGUUGUCGGCGUUAUUUUGAUUAGAAGUGUUAUUGCGUUAGGUAAGCUUUGAGUCAGUUCAGUUUUCUUCCAAAAGUCAAGGCGGCUAUUACCAGCGAAUACAUACAUACUACAUCGAAUUUCAGUUCAGAUUCAGAUUAAUUAUUAAAAAUAAAAUGCCAAACCAAAGGCGAAUUAGACGAAAAAGGAGUUUAACAGGUCGAAGAGAAGAGAGCCGUAGUCAUGCAGGAUCUAUGGCAAGUUAUUUCAAAGCUGCCCUAAACUCCGUAGUUCUUCCGGAGUAUAGUUCGCUUGGGGGUUUGACUAAUAUAUGUUUACACUGUAAAGCAAAACAUUUCGGAAGUGAAAAGGUAAGAAAUGGCUUUACGACAUGUUGUCAUGGCGGAAAAGUUAAACUUCAAGAAUUACGUGUACCUGAGUUUUUGAAAGCUGUGUUAGAAAAUGAUUUGAGCUCUUGGCGGGGACACUAUUUGGAGAAUAUUCGGCAGCUAAAUAGUUCGUUUGCUUUUGCAUCAUUCGAAGCGAAAAUUGCGGAGCCUACAGGGCGCGGACCAUAUUGCUUCCGAAUACAUGGAUCAAUAUAUCAUAGGGUAGGUCCAUUGCAUGCAGAUCAUCCUUCAGAAUCCUCCUACGCCCAGCUGUUUAUUCUUGACACGGAUCAAGCAACUGAUAUAAGGGCACAACAUAAUUCAAACUGCGAUAGGUAUUUGCUGAGAGAAAUCCACGAAAUGCUUUCAAAUAUUAACCCCUUGGCAAAUGAGUAUAAGCAUAUGGCGCAGGUUGAACGCGAAGAGGAACAGAGGGCCAGAGAAGAAAAUCGCAAUGCUCGCCGAAUUAGCAUGCUACUUUUGCUUAGAUCGAUUAUUACGUGAUAUUCACCAAAAUGAAAUACCUUUUGGUGGAAAGGUUAUUUUAUUAGGUGGUGAUUUCAGGCAAGUUCUUCCUGUGGUGCCCAAUAGCUCACGCGCCGCUAUAGUUGGUAAUUGUUUGAAACGGUGCUCACUUUGGAAAUUUUUUAGGUGUCUCAAACUCUCAACGAAUAUGCGUUCUAAAGAAUCCUU